ACGAGGGGCCUCCAGUCGCGAGAGCAGGGCCUGGAAUGGCUCCCCCGGGCUGGGGGGGAUGGCCCUCCCGUUCCCACCACCCAUCCCGGGACUCUGCCUGGUCCGUGCCUGGCAGCCGGCGAAGGGAGCUGCUGGGCGGCCGUGCCUCAGCUGCCGGGGCGGGAACUGCCCUCUCUGGUUGAGGGAAGGACGCUUGUGCCUGCCUGUUGAUGCCGAAGCGGCGAUGAGAGGCUCUGCGAGGGCAGCGAUGGCUCAGUUUGUAAGACUCGAGGAGUGGGGGGAAAACCUUGUUUCUAUGGCACAUGAAGCAUGAUCUUGGACCAGUCGCCGUUCCCAACCUACAACGUGAAGUGGAUCAGCCUUGGUCUGCAGGGAUGGGAAAAUUAGUGUUGUCUGUGCAGUGCUUACGUGUUUAUCACGGGCCUGUCAUUGUUACCAUAACGCUAAAAUGGCAUUCACUUGAAAGAGCUUGAUUUACUUUUCAUGAACCAUGCUAUUUACCUGCUUUUGCUUAUAACAACGGAAGAACAUUGAUCAGCUUAAUUUUUGUUUGCCUAAUUGGAUUUGUUUCAGGUUUUAAUGCAUUAGUGUAUUGCUGCAAAGUGUACAUAGUAAUCAUGCAUUAAGUGUUUUAGUUGGAAAUGUAAAAACUAGUACGAAAUCCAUUGGCCAUGGAUUUUGCAGUUUUCAAAAUCUGCAGCUUGCCUUGAGUAUGUCUUUUAGCCUGAGAAGAAGUUUUAAAAAAAGCACUUCAUAAAAUCUUGUUGCCUUUUGAGUAACUACUGCUUAAAGGGGUUACGUUAAAGUCCUGAAUGGCAGUUUAGGGAAGGCAGACCAACAUGAUUUUUAAAGGACUCUUCCUGAUCUCAGUGAGACUGAAAUUAGGAAUGAGUGAGGUGAAGAACACCACCUAAAAUAAUCAUGGUAGUGUGUUGAAAACCUGGUAUCUCCUAGAAAGAACUGAAAUGGAGAACUAAAAAUAAUCACGAGUUAUCAAGAAAAUAGAUUCUCUCUAGCAUAAAAUAGUUAGGUGCCAGGUUCCAGGUGUUCAUGGAGCAAAGCAGCACUGAUAAACAUGAUGACUUCAUGCCUUCUCACAUUUCAAAUCCUUUAUAACACCCUUUUGUGAUACACUGCUAGUUGGCUGAGUAUUCCUGGGAUGUGAGGAGCGCUUCUAGAGAACACCAGUCUGCUGCAUUUUGUGGUUAUACUUCAUGCAGUGAUAGGCACUCUAAACAAGGCAGCCAUGCUUUGUCUGUGCACUCUGUAGCUGCCAACUUUGUCUUGUCUGGAAAAAAUAAUGGGAUCUUUCCAUUCGUGGUACACUUGGUGAUGGAUGAAAGGCAGUAACCGCAGUUCCCGAGGAUAAUUGCGACACUGCAUGAUUGUCUCCUGUUGCUUUAGUACUUGAGUUUACUCCCCAGUUUGUGGUGAUUACUGAAAGAGUUUGCAUGUGAGAAGGACAAGUGAGCCGUUUGCAAACAGAGGACUGAGGCUGAGAUGCUUUCUUAGAAGAGAAUGAGAUAAACAUAGUUUGGAAAGAGAGUGCUAUUUCACAGGAGGCUUUCUGGUAUUUGAGUAUGUUUGAAAAAGACAAUGGGCAUUGAUUUCUUAUGCUGUGGUGUCUCUUCAGAUUGACUAGGGUUUUUUUUUAAGAUUAUAAAGGUGUGUGCGUUUUUUCACAAUACCAUUUUCAUUUUUUUAAAAUGGGGGUGGGAAAGAAUGGUGGUUAGAAUGACAGAGUGACUGAACUUGCUUUUAAAAUUUGAGGAAAUGAAAUCACAGUCCCCUCAACUGCACUUACCUAUUAGCAGCAACUUAUGCAUCUGUGCUCAGCAUGAGUAUUACAUGUAUAACUGUCUUAGUGGCUCGACUUCAAAUGAGGUCUCCCAUUUGUGCUGUAACUCUUCCAGGUUAGGGGACAAUGUAAAUUCUCUGGAUGUUUAAACAUGGUUUCAUGUUUACAUGUGCACAAGAGGAAAUUGGCCUGCAUAGCCUUAAACCUUUGCAGGGCUGUAGCAUAUGUGAACAAAUUUUCACUUGUUCAGCAGUUAAACAGUACCUUAAGUCGAGUCACUACCUUUCCUAUCAGCCCUAGAGAAAAUACAAGUGUGGAGGAGAUAUGAGCUGGAUUUCCAGUCAAUGACAAUGGGUUUUCUGUUGAGAACAGAGUCUGUCCCCUUCAGUCAUUCCUGCUCUGCCAGACAUGAUUGUCUGCUGAGGAACAUGAAAAGAGUAGCGGCUGUAAUACUUUCAGGACUGAUGCUGGUGGAUUGGAGAAAUUUAUAAGGAAAGUACUCAAAGCCUCUGGCAAACUAGGCAAGAUAUGAUGAGAAAUAUGCAUGCUCCUUUGUUUAUUUCUUCUUAUUUUUCUUCAGAGCAAAGAAACAUUCAGAAGAACGUCGAUUUUGAGCGGUAUUUGAGCACUAGAAGUCAAGUAGACAUUUCUCAUAACUGUCUUGAGGCUACAGCAUUCAGUGUAACUCCCAGCCAGACAGCAGAACAAGGCCAGCUGUGUCCCGCACCUCUGUCAGGUGGGAAGAGAGAUCCCGGUCAGAGACAGACUAAUCUCUCCUGCCCUUCUCAGCCAUUCCAGGACACCACCACUCAGUUCACCAGUUCCUGCUUCCUGCAGCAGAAUAAUCUCUGCUCUAGGCUGCAGCAGCAGAGCUCUAAGUGUGUGGCUCAUAGGAUUCCCCAUCUUGCUUUGUCAGUGCUCCCUGCUGUGAAUCUCCCUCAGAGACACUCACGCCUUGAGGCUUAUAGUUUAGAAGGGAGAAGGAAUGAGGAUAUUGACAUUCAUCAACACCACCAUCAGAAGUCAGGGGCAGUUGGUAGCUGCUCCAUACACACUGCUGACCAUCACUGUUUAGAAAAUAGGAACAAGAAUAGUGACUCUUCAGUGGAAAAACAAAAGCAUCAACCUCCUGCUGCUUCUUGUAUGGAUCCUGUGAACCCUUCACCGGUCAAUCCACAUUUGCCAUCUCUUGCAGUAGAUUCCCCUCUUAGGCACAAAUUAGUGGCGUGUCCCUCUUCAGGGAGUUCAGGUGAAAGUGUAAAUGCUUGUCACAGUUCAGCACUGGCCUUGGGAGAUCUCAGUCCAUCUGGUUUGGAGUCCCUUCGGUCUCUUCUGCAAUCUUCACAGAUUUCUGCUGGUUUGUACAGUUCAAUCGAGAGGCUUAAGCAGGAAACUGCUUUGAUGGGGAUGUGGGGCUCCCUCCCUCAGGAGCCCAAGUCUUCCCCAGUCAGUAGCAGUUUGUGCUUUGCUCCUGAUGUUUCACCUCCUAGUAUCCUGAGCACGGGAGAACAGCUAGCUGGAGUAAAGACCAGUGCCACUCAGGCAAGAUUGAAAUGGGGUGUCCCAUUUGCUAAAGACUGGAGCCUUGGUGCCCUGACAAGGGACUUUGGUCAUGUAGAACCUCUCUCUGUCUCUCACAGAUACAGGUACAUUGACUUGAACUCAUGGAGAACCAAAAUUUCAGGUGACAUCCAGCCAGAAACCAUCUCUUCUGGGGUGGGCUCUGGUAGGCUAGUGGAUACAGAAGCAGAUUCCUCCUACAGUUGCUCCCCUUAUUUCAGAUGCCAGUCCCAGGCAAAGCCAACUCUGGAAACUGGUAGUCUUUAUGUUCACACAAAAAGUCAUUCCCCUGAAAAGGUUCUUAAAGGAGAAGAGAUAGUUGGUGGGGCAUCCCCACGUGCUAUAUCUUGGAAGCGAGACCUGCCAGCCAGUCCGUAUCUAGAGGCUCUGCAGGUAUCACUGGAGGCAGAUUUGAGUGGGGCUCAGGUGAACGUUGGUGUAGCCAUGUAUGGGACUCCAAGGGAAGUGUGCAUGAGAGUUGCUUCUCCUCCUGGAGAUAAAGAGUUUAGACCAGUCCAGCAGCUUAGUAUUAAAUCUGUAGAAGUCAGUAACUCUGAACCUCAUGUUAAGUCCAGCAAAGAGUCAGAAAAAGUAUGUGACUCUAGAUCACAAGCAGCCAGAAGAGUGGCAUUUGAAGAAGGCUUUGGUGAAUCUUCUGAUAUAGAUUGUAUGAAUAUGAGCAGAGAAGGAAGGAGAAACAAACACUCCUACCGAAGCAGCUGGAGGAACUGGGAAGCUGCCGCCAAUUUUGACCAGUCUGAAGAACCUUCUGCGCAGAGGAGUGCCAAAGAACCACGGUGCUGUGAAGAAGGGAGCCAGACAAAGGAAACUGUGUCCAGAGAGGUGUUGGGGAACAGCUGCUGGUCGUUGAAGGUGAAUGAACAAAGUUUCCAGCACUUAUGUGACAGACAAAUUCUAACUAGGUGUUUCCAAGCCUGGAGGAGACACGUUCUCUGGAAGAGGGCUGCAUCCAGGCAGCUUUACAGACAGCAACUGCUUCGGAAGGGCCUUGGUGCUUUGCAGUGGGCUGUGCACCAAAGGAGGAUGCAGCUGGAGGUAGCCCAGCAGAGAUAUGCCUCGGCUCUGCUAGCUGUCAGCUUCCGCAGGUGGAAGGACGCUGUAGCAAAAUGGAGCAAGAAGCAAGCUUCACAGCCUAAGCCAUAUUCCUGUACCCAAAGUUCAUCAGUCGGGUUUCUUGGAGUGGGAAGAUUAGCAACUAUGACAACUUCAGCUCAGCACCAGUUUACAGUAGGAUACUCAAAGGAAGCAGAGCAGGCUCGCAGGGUGGAGAGAGGACUGUGGACACAGCUUCAUCGUAGGCAGAGAGAAGAGGAGUUCUGCUGGAGAGCUCAAGCAAUCAGAGAUAUGAGACAGCUAGCUGCAGCUUUCAGACUGUGGCGCCUGCAGAAGGAGCUACUAAGCAAAGAGGAAGCCAGGCUUUUGGAAGCCCGCGCUCUGCUGGAAAAGAAGCAGCUACGAAAAGUUUUCUGGCUGUGGCGUUCCCGAUGCUUGGAAAUGGAACAGAUUUUAGCACUGACAACUCAGAUCCAAAGAAACUUGGUCUCCCGGUGCUUCAGUGCAUGGAAGGGGACUGUUGAGCGGAAGACACUUUACAGGUGCAACCUGGCCCAUCUCAGAGCAGUAUCACUGAGGAAAUACUUCCAGCACUGGGUUCAGAUGCUGCAGGUCAGAGAAGAUGAUAAGCAGGCAAUGAUGAACUUCAUCCUUCUACAGUGGAGGCAACAUUAUGGACCAGUUAUAAGCUCAGUAGCUGACAAGACUGCAACAGAGAAGCACGAAGAUCAGCCAUUGUGGACUGUAAAGAGACGGUUUCUGGAGAAAACGGGCUACUCUUUUGAUGACUUCUGCCAAAAGAUGAAGCUCCAGAGAGUGUAUCUGCUGUGGAAAGCAAGGCUGUGUGAGCAUCAUAGAGCUGAUUUUUUCUCUCAGACUUUGGAGCAACAUAGACUCAGAAAAGCUCUGAAAUUAUGGCACCGAAAGUGUCUCACACUGAAAACAAUUGAACAAUGUCCCAAGCACUCACACAAGACUGUCUGUGAAGAACCUUUUGCCAUGCAGUUUUCUGAGGACCUAUCAACAUCUUCUGGCUUUGACAGCAGUGCUCCAGCUACUCUGGCCUCUCAAAGCUCAUUGGAAAAGGAAUACAGUUUUAGUGGCAGCAGCCAGCAGAGCUUCUCCCCGGUUCUAACUGCUGGGAAUGUCGCACACAGACCGAAUUACAGUUCUUUCCUGCAACAAGGCCAGCGUGCAGAGCUGCCAGCUGAGCUGGGUGGGGAGCUGGGCUUACAGGCCUCCUUUCCUCCACAGUGUACUGGAUCUGGAAGAAACUGGUUAGUGGGAGUUCAAUUCCAGUCUUUGGCACUGCAGAUUCCAGACAGUAAUGUCCAGCCUCUCACCAGUUACUCUACAUGGGAACAGAACUGCAGUUCUGACAAGGAAGUGAAGAGUUGCUGGCACCAAGCAGAGAAGUGCUGUCUGCAGAGGUACUUCAUUGUCUGGUCAGCUCGGACUCGGCAACUUGUAAAGGCCCAGCAGUGCUGCAGGCUCAUUCAGCUGUCUCGAGCCUUUCUCGGCUGGCACCACUGGGUUGUGGAAAAUAAGAACCAAAAAGCAGCAGCAGCAGCAGCAGCCCUAAAACAUCAAGUUCAUUACUGCCAGAUGGCUUUCAGCCUAUGGAAGAAGAGAGUGGCCCAGAAAGUGGAAGCUGACCGGAGAUUCAGGUGUCACAUUCACCAGAUGACUGCUGAUGCUCUGUGGCGUUGGCAUUCCUACUGGCAACGGAAACGUGCUGCAAGAGAGCUGCAGCAGCAAUGGGCUCAGCACAGCUGCCAGGAGAAGAAGAGGUUGAUCCUGCAAAUAUGGUAUUGCCAAACAAGGAAGCAGAAAGAUGCUGCUUUAUUCUGGGAUCGUCUUCUCCUGCACAGGUGCCUGGUUACCUGGGCCCAGGUCACAGCUUGUAGACUGAGGCAGCACAAAGCACUCUCUUGUUUUAAAAGGGUCAGAGAGCACCAUCUCCUAGUUGUGAGCUUUACUGAGUGGAAGGUGAAAUUCUUGAGAGCUGAACAGCGGGUGCUGGGAGAGAGAAACCACAGGUGGCAGGAACCCUCUCCGGGUAAAGCCUGUCACCGCUGGCGACUGGCCUCAAGAGGACAGCAAGCCCUGCGCCUAGGAUCUGUGGAUACUGUAAAACAGGCCUGCAACUACUGGACAAAAGCAGCUGCCUUUUCCCAAUGCUCACGGCAGUGCAGUACUCUGAUAGGUGCUAGGAAAAGCAGGAAGAUGUCUCUGUCUUGGUCCAUGAAAGGUGGAAGAGGCAGAGAAAAGGGUUCAGCACCAGCUGUCCCUCCUGGACUUUUUCCCAGUGCCAUUCACCGCUGGCUGGUGAUCUACAGAAACCAAAGCCAGUCUGAAAGGCUGAUGCUCCCUUACCUGGUAGAGAGACCUGGUAUGGUAGGACCCUGUCCUGCACAUGCAAGGGUCCAGGACAACAAAGCAGAGGUGGGCUUGGAAGAGCAGGAUGAAAAGUGGCUUGGAAGGAAGUAUCUGAGGUGGUGGCAUCACAUGGUGAUACUUCGCCGGUGCCAGCAUGACAGGAGACUCCGCUGUCUGGCAAGGGGAUGGCGUCAAUGGAAAGAAGCGAGCAGGGUGGUGAUCCUGGCUCAGGUGUUGGACCAGCAGCGGCUGAUAGAAAAGGCCUGGAGGUUGUGGAGACGACGACAUUUGCAAAACUGUGUGGUGCAGAAUUUUUUGGAGGAGGAAGCCAGGAGCCUACUAUCUCAGGCCUUUGGAAGGUGGCGCCAGCUAACAGCAUUCCAGCUCAAGGACAAAGAACGCUUCUGAAUGGUGGGGGCCUGCCUGCAGCUGCUGCUCAUUUCAGGACACGUGGAGGAUACAGCUGGCUGUCACAACAAAGAGCUGGUCCUGCACAAUCAAGAAAGUGAAUGCUCUGCUCGAGAUAGAAGCAGUGCUGCAGGCCAGAAGCAUGGUAGCCAAAGGACAACCAGGAAGAGGUGGUACCUAGUGAAAGUUCCUCUUUAAAGGACCAAUAUCCUACCUCCUUAGAGGCACAAAUUGGAGAAGUUAUUCCCUUUUGCUGUGAGGUUGCAUUCCCUUCUCCUCCGGACCCUGAUUUUGCUGGAAUUCUGAUUAAAGGUCAAAACCUCACCUUACAGACUUUCCCCUUUACUCAAUGUUUUUUGCUGGACAGGAGUUUAGUGUCAUGCAGGGAGUAAGCAAAUACCUCAGUCUUAAAGUGGUGAGCAGGAGCCUGCCUGCACAAACCUACAUCCUGUUGAUUCCAAGGUCUGGACUGUCCUGGGUAGGUGUGAACACAGGUCUUUAUUUUUAGAUUUGGCUCUUCCCCUGGGGGGGAUUCCCACAUGGCUCCCACCUCCUCCCCCUGUCUAGGUCCAUCAGCUCUUCAUUAAAGCCUUUCAGUGGGUGGCCAACCUCUUGACUGGUUCCUGCUGGUUCCUUUCUGUGCUGAAUGGGCUAGGGAUGAAGGAACCUGCUGGGAACAGCUGAGCACCAAAAGCUUUGCUGAGGCAAGACAGGCGUGUCUGACCCCCAACCUUCCCAUUACUUGCUUCUAUGAUUGAUGCCCUGUAAUUACCCUGGAUAUAUGAGCCCAGUCUCAGACAGCUGUAAUGAGAGGGUCUGAAGAAUCUGGGAGAGGCUUUUCUUCCUUACUUGUUUGAAAGAGAUGCUCACAGCGUGGCAGGGAUCUUGAAAUCCCACUGGGAACUGCCCCAAGGUCUUGUUUUCCUAGCCUGUGGUAGCUUUGCAGGAUUGUUAAGUACACAAAGAAGCCUCCGUAGCUUCCCCAACCCCUUUCAGUGCUGUGGGGCCUAAGGCUGUGUUAAGAGGCAUUAGGUCAGGAAAGAUAGGCUGUCUCUCCCUACAGGUACUGGAAAAGGACCACCACACCUUCUGUGAAGUUGCAGAACUGAGACAAAGGUUGUAGCUGGUUGCUUUGGGUAAACUCUAGGAUUUAAACUUUCUCUUGUCUACUCUGGAGCUCUGUCCAUACUUUACUUAUGGCAUAUGUUGAAAGUGAAGGCAGAAUUGCCCCAUAAACAAUAGGUUUGCUUAAAA